AAAUAUUUCAAUUUUCACAUUAAAAAACUUUAAAAGAUACACGUAUUCAUACAAUUUAUGUUUAGUUAUAAUCUAUUUAUAAAUUGCAAUGAAAAAACGGCGGUUUAAAUUCUUAAUUUACUGAUUCAAUUUGUUUCCAUCACGUUGAAAAAUUUUCCGACCUCAAAAGUCUAGUGAAAGUUAUGAACUGAAUAUUUUCAAUACUAGAAAAUGGGUAAAACAAGUAAAGUUGUAAUAUGCGGGAUGAAAGGGGUCGGCAAAACGGCUAUUUUAGAGCAAUUAAUAUACGGAAGUGUUAACUUGAAGUCAUCAUUUUAUCCGACAAUCGAAGAUAUUUACGUAGCAAAUAUCGAAACAGAUCGCGGAACUAAGGAGCGGGUGUGUUUCUACGACACUGCUGGAUUAGAGCCUCCGAUUACAGGACCUCCACAAUCUCCGACCCUUCAACUGACAGCGAACCAGGUUCUGCAGCGGCACUACUUGGGCUUUGCGGAGGGAUUUGUGAUGGUAUACGAUACUACAAAGCCCGAGUCUUUAGAUGUGUUGAUGUAUUUGAAGAAAGACAUAGAUAGAAAUAAGGAUAAGAAAGAGGUUGUGAUGCUAGUUAUAGGCAAUAGAACGGGACCUGAUGAUAUAAACAGUCUAGAGAAUACUUGCUCUAAAGCUUCAAACUGGUGUGCGAGAGAGAAGAUUCGACACUUUGAGGUCUCCGCCAUGGACCGAGCCUCCCUAUAUGAACCAUUUAUAUACAUGACAUCCAAACUAAACCCAGUACAGAAUAAAACAGCUUUCCCCCAGUUGAGUACUUUAAGUAAACUGACUCAAAAGAAUAACAGAAGUGAUGCUAUGUAACAGUACGUUUUUAAACUGUGCCCCUUCUGCUAUUAUCAGCCUUAAGUUUUUAUUUUACUUGUAAGUACUUACUGGUUUUUAAAACUAAUUACUUUUUCAUCUGUCAGUAUUAUUUAUGCAUUAUUUCAUUAAGUAGACUAAUUUUAAAUCAAUUUUAGCUUUUAAAUAUGAAUCUCAAUAGUAAAGUUGGUGUUAUUAGUUGUAUUAUCAUAAUAUUGUUAUUAUUGUUGAAAUUUUUUUUAACUUUCUACAAAGUUCUCAUUAUUGUGUGUAGUGAUUUUGUUUUGAAUAAUAUAAUAAAAAAGCAUGGAUCACAUCUUGCAAUGGCCUAUGUCACACACAAUUUACACAAAUCACAUCAUCACCUUCCUUUGUCAGAGUACAUUUAGUAAUAAAAAUUGGGGCAUAUGUUUAAAAAAAUGAAUUGUGGUAUGUGUGUAAGAAAGAUUAAUAUAAGGCGAUAAGAUAAAUAACUAAUAAGCUAUGCUUCUUUUAUAAGUAAGUAAUGCAAAGCAUAAAGCAAAGCAAGUAGAAAAAAGAUCUGAUAUAAUAUGCCUCUUAAAAACUUCACAAGUACUUAAUUUAUUUUUAACUUCUUGUACAACUUGUUAUUCUUUAUAGUGCAAUAUUUUUAUUUUU